GGGAGGUACAAAGAGAGGCGCACUGACAAGUAAGCUGAGAAAAAGCUUGUUCACUACUUCUCUUUGUCUCGUGAGUGCAGCGUUUCUGCCGAGGCGUUAUCCGCAGCGGUAGUUUGAAACACUUUUGUCUGAAUCCGCGGAAGAAAAGGAACGAGAAGAAGAACUAAAUCAGCGCUUUAACCCGGUCAAGUAGUGCUUCUUUCCGGCAGAGCCAGUGAAAGAAACAUUUCAAAAGUGUCUGCAAGCAAAGAAGCCAGAGAACAACGUUUAAGUCAUCGCAGUAUGAUUUUUACCAAAUACCAUUGCCUUCUGUGAUGCCAAAUGAUGGUAUCAGGAGGUCAUGAUCUACUUUUGUUGUGUGAGAGUUCCUUAUCACUUUGACAGUGAGAAGGCAUAUUUCAUUGCAGAGAGCCAAACAUGAACAUAAGCAUGGCGUCAAACGAAUCAUUGAACAUUACCGCCUGCAAUGACACUCGCAUUGUGAAUGGGGAUGGCAAGCCAGUAACAAGCAUCAUCAUGUUUCUGGCUGCCGUGGUGGGGAACCUCCUGGCUCUUUUCAUCCUCGGGGUGCACCAGAAAGAGCAUCGCUCCAAGUCCUCUGUCUUUUGCAUCCUGGUGACCGGCCUGGCCCUCACUGACCUGCUUGGCACCUGCCUCCUCAGCCCACCUGUGUUUAUCUGCUAUGCCAGCAAAAUGUCCCUGAUCAGUCUGGGAGGUGCGGGCCUGUGCAACCUCCUUGGCUUUGCUAUGAGUUUCUUCGGCCUGGCUCCCACGCUCAUCCUUUGCGCCAUGGCCGUGGAACGCUGCCUGGCCAUCAGCCACCCUUACUUUUACUCUGUACACAUCCGCCACAGCUUUGCCAAAUUCACUCUUUUCUUUAUUUACCUCUUUUCUUUGGCCUUUUGCCUCCUGCCAUACACCGGCUAUGGCAAAUUCAGACAGUACUGUCCCGGGACUUGGUGCUUCAUUGACAUGGAUGCCACAGGGAAUGAGAAGGCCAGCUUGGUGCUUGCCUUCUCUCUGUCCUACUCCUCUCUCAUGGCACUGCUGAUCUUUGCAGUGCUUGUGUGCAAUGGCUCCGUGAUUGUCAGCCUGUGCCAGAUGCACCGGAGCCAGAUGAUGCGUCGUGGCUCAGUCGGGUCAGCUGGGAGGAGGAGGAGGAUGAGCCUGGCCUGGUUUGUACAGGGGGAAGAAGAGGUGGACUAUCUGGUGCUGCUGGCACUCAUCACCGUCAUCUUCGUGAUCUGCUCCCUGCCCCUCACCAUUGCAGGCUUCAUCAACGCCAUUCACCCAUUUUGUGGCGACAAAGCGAACCUGCUAGCCUUCCGCUUCAACGCCUUCAACCCCAUCGUGGAUCCCUGGGUCUUCAUCAUCUGCCGCAAAUCUGUGUUUCGCCACCUUGGCUCUCUUCUGAGCUGCCGCUUCAGCAAAACAGCGGUGAAGACGUCAGCACACUGCGCUCUGUCUUUACCACUUGACAAUCACAUACAGCGUAACCCCCCAGAUGUGACAGAUCCACAGACAAACAUCUACUCCGGUUUACCUCUGUGACCCCACAGAUGCACUCUCAACUGGAGGCAAGAGGCAUUAACGUCUGAUAAAACAUUGGAACACAUUUGUGAAAUGAAUCUGCAAACAGGAUUGUAGCCCUCAUUCACAGGCACACAACAUUGGCAAAGAAGAAUCUGUGACAAAAAUGUCAAAAUCUCCAGGAACUAACUUUGAAAAAACAAUUGCACUAAGUCUUAAACUUCCACUGACUCAUGGAAAGUGUUUGAACUGUUCAAAAGUGUCAAGGAGGGAUGUCCAGUUAACAAGCAGCUCUGUAACUUAGCACUAAGGAACACAUCAAACCAUGCCCUGCCUAUAAAUAUAUACUGCAAAAUCAGAGUAUGCACUUGGAUAAAAGCUAUACAGGUAAACAAAAUGCAAUGUAUACUGUCUUCUUUUUCUCUCAAACAUUUCUUUGAGGCAUAGCCGGGUAACUAAUCGACAUCUACAGCAUCUAUGACAUGAGAACCAACAUGUUAAUCCAUUUUCAGAAAAGUUGUCAUUUAGUUUCCCUGACAGGGUGCGGUGUAAAUAUUAUUAUAAAUCACAAGCAUUUCUUAAUAAAGAGUAGUUAAUCAUGUCACAAACCUGAAAGUCUACAGCCAUGCUAGCAGUCAUUUCAAGGCUUCACUUUUGCAGAGUUAAAUUCUAACGUCAGCAUGCUGAUGCCAUGUUUACCCUUUCAGUUUGUCAUGUUUCCUUGUUAACGUUUGCUAAUAAACACUGAACACAAUGUACAGCUGAGGCUGAGGAAUAUCAUAAUUUCUGUAGUUGUUGUCAUAAAGUGAAAAGUUAAGGAGUUGGCACCAGUUUGUGAACGUCAGGGUGUCACUAAACAAAAGGCCAAGGGACCUACCUGUAAGGCUUCAGUCUUUAUCUUUUCAGAAACUUGAUUGUGAAUGAUUUUAGGGGAAUCAUUUUGCGAUUCUUCAGUUAGAAUUUACAGUUGUGAACCCACAAACUGACACUGCCCUCUCUUGAGAGAGAAAAAAAGGUGUUUUCUAAAAGAGAAAUGUUGUAUUUACAUUGUAAUGUUCCAUGGGCACAGACUGAUGGUACUUUAAAACAUAAAUAUGAAUGUGUAAUAUUUAAGUUAAAUGGAUAUGAAUCUUGUCUUUUUAUUGUUGUAAUUAAAAUAGUACAGUUAUAAAAGACUAACAAAGCACUCCUGAAUUGCAAUAUAUCAGGAGCAAAACUAAAUAAUCAGUUUUAAUACAAACUAAGUUUCUCUGCCUUUUUGGAAGUUUAGAUCUAUGAGACUAGAUUACAUUUGGGAUUUCUCAAAACUACAUCACAGAGAGCUCAGGUAAUCUGGUAAAAAAAAUGACUAGUUCAUUUUAAUAAGACAAUAAUGAUAAAAAGGACACGUUAGUCCCUCUAAUAAUAACUAUUACUGUCCAGCAUUAUCAUUGUACGGCAGAAACAUUUGCUUCUUUCCCUUUUCUUUUAAUUCUCUAAGCUACCUAUGAUGAUUGUCUUUGCAUUUUAAACUCUGCUGCUGCAUAACACACUGUGAUCAUUUGUUUUGUGUUUGUGUUUUGUGUUGUGUUUAAUGCUGUAACUGCAUUUAAAUGUAUUUAUGCCUUAAUGUUGUGUUUUCUUACAAUUGUGCUGGUUUAAUGGAGUGCAAAGCUACUGGGAUACAAGACAUGAGGUAUUUUUGUUUGUUUUGCACAUUACAUGUUUGCUUGGUCGUUUGAAACUCAGUCAUGCAUGACCUAAGGAAUGAAAGACACGUUACCACCUACAGUUUUGGGGUAUUUGAGUUAUAUAUUUAAAUUAAAUUAAACAUUUAAGAAAAAAAGAUAAAUAAUAUUUGUUAUGCGUCUCCCUCUUUGUUCGUGUGAAAUAAUAUAUUGAUAUAAGGUUAAACGGUCUCACAACUUAUGUCUGUGUAUGUUCCCUAAGAGAAAUAUUUAUGCUGAUUUUAUGAUGUGCAAUGGUCACUGCUCUGUAUCUCAGCCCAUGUGUAGUUCUUGACUGUCAUAAGACCUGAGCAUGUUUGCUGUCCAAAUAAACAGAAGUUGAUUGUG